AUGCUCGAGAUAUCUCCGGAAUUAUGUUGGUUUACUUCAGAGAGCGAGUUUUCUCUUAGUGAAAGAGAUACAGAUUUUGCCUAUUUGAGUCCAUUACAGUUGGCAAGUCCAUGUCAGUUUUUCACGCUCGAACCUUUGUUGGGUUCCUGUCGGUCUACGCCGACUGUGGACCCAAACCUGUUAUUGGAAGCACCUCUGGAAGCUGGAGAUGCACUGUUGAAAUUCUUUAGCGGCGCCGGCGGCGAGCUAAGCAGUACGGGCUCAAACAUGUGGUCCAUUGACGAUGUCCUGGAUAACUGCCAAGCGACUUUGGCAUCGCACAGUAGUGACGACGACGAGGCAUUACUCAGGGAACCGACUUGUAACGUUUCGGAGACCACUGUUGGGUCAGAAUGUGUAGUAUCUACACCUAUGCCCUGUGUUCAAGUGCAAGUCAGCGAUCCUGUCACAGUGAUUCAGUCAAAGCCAGACCUCAAACCAACAGCCAGACGAACCUCCGCGACCCAUAAAUGCACCAAGAAGCGGUCUUGGAAAAUUAACAAGACUAAUAAAAAAGCCGUUUUGAACAAAUUGAUCGAGAAUUUACAAACUGAAACCGGUGACGAGCCCUGUGGGAUGUUGUUGCGGAAGAAUGUAGCCCGCGAACUCGACAUUGAUGUUAGGGAUAAGACUGCACGACUUGAGUUCAGUGGGUUCAAACUUGCGCAAGUGCAAGCCUUGUUAGAUCGCAAAGCUAGCAAUAUGUUGCCCGAACGGCAAUUUCGCACCUUGUGGAUGUUGGCACGGCAACAAAGUGGUACCGUGGUACAACUAGAAUUCAAACCCUUCGAGAAAGAAACUGCCGAUUUGGACCAAAUUUUCGUCUUUAGCGUCAUUUCACGGUACUUGCCCUAUGGAUGUUUUGGUAAGACCGCUACGUCGCCCAAAAAGAAACAGAGUGCCGUCCAAGAAUCUCUACGUGCCGAAGAACUCGACAAGACCGAACAUGAUUUUUGUUGGCGUCAUUUCAUUACCAGUUAUGAAUAUUUCAAAAUGGUGACAUUUAUGCUUGGUGACAAUUAUGAUUUCAACGUCAAUGACAAUCAGUCUGGUGAAACCAGAGGAAGCGACGGGAAACUUAUCUCAGCAGAAAAACGGCACGAUAUGCGCACUCGGUCUCAUGCCAAAAUGUAUUUUGAGGGUAAAGCUGUGAAAAGCGCCAAUGAACUCUCUGGUGACGAAACUUCAGAGUGUAGACGUCAGUUCAUUGUAGGAACUUUUUCUCAGAUCAUGAAUUAUAACUAUAGGAAGCCUUAUGGUUCGGACUCGUCAUUGUCCGUGAUGGAAUUCAAAUACUUGGAAGACGCUUUGAACAAAGAGAUCAAUUUCCACAUAUUUCAUGAAAUUGGAAAAUGUGGCGUUUGA